AAUCUUUCGUGGAAGUAAAUUUUAAAAAAGUGCUUUUAUUUUCUUCUUUCUCAUGGAUUUCAAAUUAUAAUCAAACAAAACAUCAGAAAGUGUUUCAUUGUUAUGCAUAUUAUUAAGCAAUGAAUGACCCCUUGGCAAUAUGGGCGUUAAACAGACGGAAAACAAUAAAGGAGUUAAGAAAGCUCGGUGAGGAAAUGAAAAAUCAUGCAAAGAACGCAAAAAUUGCGAGUGCUGUUGGCGGAGGAACAAGUGUUGCAGCUGGAAUUGGUGCAGCUAUUUGUUACUUCAUAGCACCAAUCACUUUAGGUGCAAGCGUUGUACCUGGGAUAGCUCUUACAGGAAUCGCAAUAGCCGGAGGUGUUACUUCCAUAGGCUCUUCAGUUACAAAUUAUUUCAUCGAGAAAGGAUAUUUGAGAAGUGUUCAAGAGGCUCUUGAUAAAGAUAGGGAAUCCUUUGAGGCACUAAAUAGGGCUGUUCAAAUUGCUAACGAAGAAACGGCGAGGGAAAGACUGGAGCGUGCUUUUAAAAUUGGCAAAAGCAUUCCAGGUGGUCUUAAUGUAGUGGCGUCUGUUGUUCGAAAACUUACAGUCUCCGAGAAAGCCGCAGCCAGCCUUUUAAAACUUGGACGGACAGCUAGAUUUGCAAGCCACACAGUUGCAUUUAUUGCUUUGCCACUUGAUGUUAUCUUUUUUGUCAAAGACCUUAUUGACUUGAAAAGGGGUAAUAUUUCCCAAGUCGCAGAUUCAGUCAUGGAAUUAGCAGAAAAAUUGCAAAAAGAACUUGAGGAAAUUCUAGCAAAUUCUUAAAUACAAAUAACUUCUUACUUUAAAAGAUAUUUUGUAUUAGUAUUUUUUUUAUUUUCUAGUUCUAAUGGUAUAUAUGUGCAUUCUUUUUUGUCAUUGAAAGAAAAGUUCAUAUCAUAUACUUCUUAUAUUAUUAUAAGACAAAUGAAUCAUAAUAUUCACUGUGGUAUUUACAUUUAUUUUCUUCGGGCAAUUGAUUUGAAAUAAAACCAUAUAAUUACGUUUCGGACACUUAUGCUUUGAAAUGUUUAUUUUUUAGAAAAUACUUCUGAAGAUAAAUUAUUCCCUUUAUUUUUUACCCAUUUUAUGUUUGUGGAAAAUUAUGAAUGCAGCUUUUAAAUAUUAGAUAGUUUAAUUUACUGAUAUAUUUAAGGUUUAGAUAAAUAUCCUUAUUAAAUCAUAUAUCUUUACAGUUUAUCCCAAAAAGCAAAUUGACUUAAAGAAUAACAUAAACAAAAACAAAACAAAAGCAUCGAUCUUGAUUGUUCAAAUAUCUCCGCUGAAAAGAAACUCAGUAAAAAUCUUCAACCUUUUAUGGUGGUUUGUUGAUUUCCUCUCCGUUGUUUGUCGCAACGAAAGAGGUAUCCAUUAUUUGUUUAUUUUGAAGAUGGCCUGUUUUCACAAUUAAUUAAUUCAGUCGUCAUAUGCUUCAAACCCAUAAAAGUUUUUAGGGUUUUACUGUUUAGCUUGUCAUGGUCUGAUUAUAGAACAUUGGCGGUUGCUUUUAUGUACAAAUAUUUUCUUGGACAGGCUCUCUUAAACAUUUCAGAAUUCCAUGAACAUCAAUCAUGAACGUAUCUGACCACAAUUUUAAUUUGUUUAUUCUACUUUUCAAUCCGGAUCAUAAGAUGUCUUAAAGGGACUCCACUGAGGUUUAAAAGCCUAAGAACAUAACAUGUGAAUUUCUUACAUAAAUGAACCGGGGCACUUUAUUUGAAAUAUUUGCAAAGAUAGUUAAGAAACAUACUUUGAAAUAAAUUGUAAAAUCGUAUGCUUUUCUUAGUCCGAUUUGAGUGUAAAGUGUUUUAACGUUUUUCAUUUUGGGUCAUUUUUUAACAAUUUAAAUCAUUUAUUCUGGAAAAACGAAGUGCGCGAACGAUCUGAAAUUUUGCACAAACAUUUGUGGUUUAAACCUACAACAGAGGGUACAUUUAUCUGGAGAAAAUAUUUUCAGUCCCAUCAUGUAAAAAGACCUCAGUGGAGUCCCUUUAAGGUCAAACAAAUAUUUUCAUGGAUCAAAUUAAAUUGGUUUAUUUAAUACAUGUAAUAAUCUUGAUAAUGUUUUUCAUUUCAACGGAAUUUCUAAACUUUCAUAAUGAAGCUUUGUUUGAGGCAAAAGAAAUGUAUUCAGAAUAUGUCUUGAAUUAUACGACGAGAAAAUUGUGAAGUAUAAGAUAAAAGCAUGUAUAGGUUAAAUGAUUGUUAAAUUUAAAAAAGAUAUUGACAUAAAAAUUUCCCACAGUGCGACGAAAACACAAUCAUUUUAUUUAAUAUUUUAUUUAAUCAUUGUAUAAGAAAAAAAUUAAUUGUUUUAUACUCGGGGGAUCCUUCAUUUUUUUAUAUCGUAACUGAUGCUUUAAUCUCAAUUAUUCAAUUGACAUUUAUCUAUUAUCAUAUUAAAUGUAUUAAACCGUUUAAAU